AUGAGGGGGAGCAGAGUUCUCUCGAUGGAGCGCGUCUUUAUCUGUGUUAGAUCAACUAAGGGCAGCAGGCCGGCGGCCGCCAUGGCUGGCGCGGGCGCGACUGCGCACCUGCGCGCGCAUGCGGCGGUGUCGUGCCAUUGGCCGAUCGUAUUCCGUCACGUGGAGCCCCCCGCUCCUCGCGCUACCGCCCGCCCAAACUCACAUCGUAAACACAGGAUUGCGUGUUUAGUUUUAACACAUACUCUUGUGGGCUUUAAAAAACUACAGCUUUACGUGUUCUACUUUGUUUUGAUUUAG